AUGGGGAGAACUCGCGCGCACGCGGUGUCGGUGGCAGAGGGGCAGACGGCGGAAGGCUCGGCGCGCGGUGAGGGGGAGUUUGAGGCGGUGAUCGGCAUCGAAACGCACGUGCAGCUGAACACGGCGACCAAGGUGCGUGGCGCGUCGGGCAAGGCGCAGCGGAUCAGUGGGGCGCGCUUCCGGGGAUUGCAACACUCGCCACUCAGUCCCGCCCACUCUCCCGCCCCUCGAUCCGCCGCCCGCUGGCAGGCGUUCUGCAGGUGCGCGGCGCAGUACGGCGCGGCGCCCAACGAGCACGUGUGCCCCACGUGCAUGGGGCAGCCUGGCGCGCUGCCCGUGCUGAACGCGCGCGUGGUGGACGCGGCUGUGCGGCUGGCGCUGACGCUGCAGUGCCGCGUGGCGCUGACGAGCAAGUUCGACCGCAAGCAGUACUUCUACCCCGACCUGCCCAAGGGCUACCAGGUGAAGGGCUACCAGGUGAAGGGGCUAUCAGGUGCCGCUCUGCCUCCCCAAGAGCCCCAUGCUAGGCGGGCGGGCAUGUCGAGACAUUUCCCUCUCCAUUCCCAUGCCAUGCCGGUUAUCCUCCCCUCCCCCCUCCAUUCUCAAUGCCUCAAACCAUUCCCCCUGCCACCCUCUCCCCCCGUGCUGCGGCAGAUAUCGCAGUUUGACGAGCCCCUGGCAGCGCAUGGCCAUGUGGACGUGGACAUGCCCCUCGAGGCGGGUGGCGGGCGGCGGCGCUUUGGAGUCACGCGCGCCCAUCUGGAGGAAGAUGCCGGGAAGUCGCUGCAUGGGGGGGAUGGCAGCCAGCCCAUGCUUGCUGUCGCUGCCAGUGUGGCUUGCACGUUUUUACCUGUAUCUCUGCCCAUGCCAUCUCUGCCCGUGCCCUCUCUGCCCGUGCCAUCUCUGCCCGUGCCAUCUCUGCACGUGCCAUCUCUGCCCGUGCCAUCUCUGGCCGUGCCAUCUCUGCCCAUGCCAUCUCUGCCCGUGCCCUCUCUGCCCGUGCCAUCUCUGCCCGUGCCAUCUCUGCCCGUGCCAUCUCUGCCCAUGCCAUCUCUGCCCGUGCCAUCUCUGCCCGUGCCAUCUCUGCCCGUGCCAUCUCUGCCCAUGCCAUCUCUGCCCGUGCCCUCUCUGCCCGUGCCAUCUCUGCCCGUGCCAUCUCUGCCCGUGCCAUCUCUGCCCGUGCCAUCUCUGGCCGUGCCAUCUCUGCCCAUGCCAUCUCUGCCCAUGCCAUCUCUGCCCGUGCCCUCUCUGCCCGUGCCAUCUCUGCCCGUGCCAUCUCUGCCCGUGCCAUCUCUGCCCGUGCCAUCUCUGCCCGUGCCAUCUCUGCCCGUGCCAUCUCUGCCCGUGCCCUCUCUGCCCGUGCCAUCUCUGCCCGUACCAUCUCUGCCCGUGCCCUCUCUGCCGCCCGUGCCAUCUCUGCCCGUGCCGUGCCCUCUCUACCCGUGCCCUCUCUGCCCGUGCCCUCUCUGCCCGUGCCCUCUCUACCCGUGCCCUCUCUGCCCGUGCCAUCUCUACCCGUGCCAUCUUUCAUCUCAGGUGGAUCUGAACCGGGCAGGGGUGGCACUGGUGGAGGUGGUAUCUGAGCCCGACAUGCGCUCGGGGGCAGAGGCAGCUGAAUACGCCGCCGAGCUGCAGAGACUGGUGCGGUACGUGGGAGUGGGCAACGGCAACAUGGCAGAGGGUUCCAUGCGCUGCGAUGUCAACGUCUCCGUGCGGCCCCGUGGUCAAACCACCCUUGGCACCAAGGUGAGUGAAAGGUCCCUCCGCACCAAGAAGAGAGGUUCGGCACAAGGGGGAGAGGUUCGGCCUCAAGGAGAGAGGCUCGGUAACAAGGUGGAGAUCAAGAACAUGAACUCUUUCAAGGAGAUGCAGCGCGCCAUUGACUUUGAGAUCACGCGGCAGUCACAGCUGCUCCGGGACGGCAAGGCGCAGCACAUCGUGCAAGAGACGAGGCUGUGGGAUGAGGGCAGGCAGGAAACAGCAGCAAUGAGGUCCAAGGAGGGUCUGGCGGACUAUCGUUACUUCCCCGACCCGGACCUGCCCGCGCUGCACCUGGAAGAGGCCUUCCUGCACCAGCUGCAGGCGGGCCUGCCGGAACUGCCGGAGCAGCGGCGGCGGCGCUACGAGGCGCUGGGGCUGUCCAUGCAGGACGUGCUCGUGCUUGUGGACGACAGGGAGUUCUCGGACUAUUUUGACGGAGUGCUGGCAGAGGGGACGGACCCGAAGGCGGCGGCCAACUGGCUGAUGGGCGACGUGACGGCGCUGCUCAAGACGCACCGCUGCUCCGUGCUGGCCAUGGCCGCCCGCAUGCCGCCCGCCAGCCUGGCGGAGCUCAUCGCGCUCAUUCAGGACGGCACCAUCAGCGGCAAGAUCGGAAAAGAGGUGCGUGGCAUGCAGUGGGUGGCAAGGAGGUGCGUGGCAUGCAGUGGGUGGCAAGGAGGUGCGUGGUAUGCAGUGGGUGGCAAGGAGGACGGCGCCAUCAGCGGCAAGAUCGGCAAGGAGGUGCGACUUUUUAUGCGCCUCUUGGCAUGCAGUGGUUGGCAGGGAGGGUGCGUGGCACUAUUGAGAAUUCUCAAAAGUGAUUUCAAUAGUGCGUUGGUUGGCAAGGAGGUGCGUGGCACACGUGCGUUGGUUGGCAAGGAGGUGCGUGGCACACGUGCGUUGGUUGGCAAGGAGGUGCGCGGCACACGUGCGUUGGUUGGCAAGGAGGUGCGUGGCACACGUGCGUUGGUUGGCAAGGAGGUGCGUGGCACACGUGCGUUGGUUGGCAAGGAGGUGCGUGGCACACGUGCGUUGGUUGGCAAGGAGGUGCGUGGCACACGUGCGUUGGUUGGCAAGGAGGUGCGUGGCACACGUGCGUUGGUUGGCAAGGAGGCGACCUUCCCUACUGCUGCCCUUCUUCAUGAGCACAGAGCAGUGAUAGUGUGCCCACGUGGUCACAUCCUAGAGUGA